AUGCCGGUCGAUACGUCGACGUGGAAAUUGCCGCAGGUUGGAUUAGCAGAUCCACUGUUCCAUGUCCCAAAAAAAAUUUACCUCGACAUCGGAAGUGAUGCCUUCUGGGAACUUCACACCGGUAGGAAGAUCUCGCUCGGUAACGGGGUUUCAUUAGUAAUCGAAACGCCAUUCGGAUGGGCGGUGUCUGGUUCCGCGUCCAAUGGAUCUACCUGCAUUCCCCGGGUCUGCAAUCUCUCCAUUACCAAUAAAGAUUUGGAAGUCGCAUUUAAGUUUUGGGAGUUAGAAGCGAUUUCCACUGGUCCCGCACACUCUCCCAAAGAGUUGUACAGUAGUACAGUCAAACGUGAUUUGACUGGAAGAUACGUCGCACGUCUUCCUCGCGCCGAAGAUCCAGAAGUCUUCCUGGGGUCCUCCAGAGCCAACGCAGAGUGCCGUUUUCAUAGCCUGGAGCGCCGUUUGCAACGAGAUCCUGCAAUCAAGAAAUCGUAUCAUCGCUUCUGUUAUCUCCCACAUCAUACCGUUUUCAAAGAGUUGAGCACCACAACGAAGGUCCUGCAAGACGGCGUCAGGAUAUUCGCUGAACUACAAGCUUUUGGUCGGGCCCGUAGUUCAGCACGAUCUACUCUCAAUCGUGAUGAGAUUUCGGACACAUCACAUCGCUCUAGUUGCGGACAUCGAGAAGAUUUACCGGAAAGUAUUCCUGCAUCCUGA